UCAUUCGCGCGUUUACAACAUUGAUUGGCCUUACUCCAUGCUCCUUGAGAAUGCCACAGCCGCCACUCAUGUCAAUUGCAGCUACUUUGGCUGCUCACAGGAAAAAUUCUGACAAGCCAAAAAAAGCUCAGGCAGCUGGAGGCGCACAACAGACCACAUCGACAGGAUCCUCUCAUAACCAGACCCAUAUCCAGCUUUUUCCGUCUACUGUAGCCUCAAUUACAUCUUCAACUCCGUUGUCAGUACCACCGCCAAAGCCACAGCAGACACGGGCGCAGGAGUUGCAUGAUUAUUCUCCAAACCCAUCAUUGUCAUCAGCAUCGGGCUCGAUAAAGAAAAACCUUUCAGCCUCCUUCGUACAACUUUUACCCAUCUUUCAAGACCAAGUCGUCUCAGACGCCACGGGGACACAAAUCAAUGCCUGUCAGUACAACAGCACCGGCGAAUAUAUUUUGACAGGAGGCGUUGAUCGCACAGUAAGGCUUUGGAAUCCAGACACAAGAUUCUGUAUAAAAUCGUACGAAGCACAUGGGUGGGAAGUAUUAGAUCUGGCUAUAUCACCUGAGAAUGGGAAAUUUGCGAGCUGUGGAGGCGAUAAAACCGUUUUCUUAUGGGAUGUAAUGUCGGGAAUGACGAUUCGGAGGUUUACGGGACAUACUCAGAGAGUGAACACUGUCGAUUUCAAUGAUGAAGGCACGGUGUUAGUGUCAGGAUCAUAUGAUGCGACGAUACGACUCUGGGAUUGCAGAUCAAACUUGCGAGCACCAAUACAGAUUUUAGAGGAACCAAAGGACAGUGUUACAUCUAUUGAGCUGAAAGGAAGUGACCUGCUGGCAGGUUGUGUGGACGGGUCAAUAAGAAUAUACGAUAUCAGGAAAGGAUCACUCAUCACGGAUCAGAUUUUCGAGCCAAUUACAUCAGUGGCAUUCUCGUCUGAUGGUAAUUGUGUACUAGCAAGUUCGCUGGACGACACAGUAAGACUCAUGGACCGUGAUAAUGGCACGCUUCUGAACGCCUAUAAAGGUCAUAAGAAUAACCAGUAUAAGAUCCGAUCAUGUCUCGAUAACUCUGACGCGCAUGUUAUCAGUGGCUCAGAGGAUGGCAAGAUUUUUAUCUGGGACUUGAUGGAGGGUGCGAUCAUUCACGAGAUUGACGCGCAUUCCAAGAUUGUGUCGGCAAUUGCGUAUCAUCCAACACAAGAUAGGAUGUGCUCAGCUAGUGUCGAUGGCUCUAUCAAAACCUGGACUUCACAACCUGCGACCGCAUGACAACAGGGCAUUCGCCGUCGAAUAUUGCAUGCUGCACUC